CACAGACCUUUUCGGAUUGGGAUUUUUGGAAGAGGGCUAGCGAAAUGGACGCUGUGGCCGUGUUUGGAAGAGGAGCUCUGCCGCUUAUCCGGCCGCCGCCGACGACAACCGUUUGCUGCUUGACCCCUACCCGGACUGCCACCCUGAGCCGCCAUCGCCGCCGCCACGACCAUCUUUCAGCAUUCCCUUCGAAUUCUAAUCUCUUUCCCCAACUUUCUAUUCGUUCUCGUGCUGCUUCUACUAACAAUGAAUCCUUCAUUUUCUUGCCUCAUUUGGUUGCCUCCCUGGAACGAGUCGACCAGACCUACAUUAUGGUGAAACCUGACGGUGUUCAACGUGGCCUUGUUGGAGAGAUAAUUUCACGAUUUGAGAAGAAAGGGUUUAAGCUUACUGGCUUGAAGCUCUUCCAAUGCACCAAGGAUUUGGCUGAGGAACACUACAAGGAUCUUAAGGGCAAGUCUUUUUUUCCUGGUUUAAUUGAAUACAUUACAUCAGGUCCUGUUGUGUGUAUGGCAUGGGAGGGUGUUGGUGUUGUGGCAUCAGCACGUAAGUUAAUCGGAGUUACAAAUCCUCUCGAAGCCGAGCCAGGAACAAUUAGAGGGGAUCUUUCUAUUCAAAAAGGAAGGAAUGUGAUUCAUGGGAGCGAUAGUCCUGAGAGUGGCAAGCGUGAAGUAGCUCUCUGGUUCAAAGAAGGCGAAGUGGUCGAGUGGGAGCCAGCUCUUGCACCAUGGCUGAUAGAGUGACAUUGUCCUCAGAAAGAAUUGUGAUAUUACUCUUGUCUGUAAUUUUGAAUUAGUAGAGCCCUGUAAUCUUCCUCACACAACUGUUUAUGCAAAAAAAAGAAUUGAGAAUUUUUUCAUCGAGAA